AUGACGACAAUGACUACUGAAGAAAUAUUGGCUUCUUAUCCACAAAUCACCGCCCCAACCGAUCAAACAGGUUACACAUCAAAUUUAACUCCUGAACAAAAAACGUCUUUAGAAAUCUUCAGACAACAAUUGACGGAAUUAGGUUAUAAAGAUAGAUUAGAUGAUGCAUCACUUUUAAGAUUUCUUAGAGCUAGAAAAUUUGAUAUUCAAAAAGCUAUUGAUAUGUUUGUAGCUUGUGAAAAAUGGAGAAAUGAUUUUGGGGUUAAUACCAUUUUACAGGAUUUCCAUUAUGAAGAAAAACCUAUUGUUGCUAAAAUGUACCCUACUUAUUAUCAUAAAACUGAUAAAGAUGGACGUCCAGUUUAUUUUGAAGAAUUGGGUAAAGUUGAUUUAGUGAAAAUGUUGAAAAUCACUACUCAAGAACGUAUGCUUAAAAACUUGGUAUGGGAAUAUGAAGCCAUGUGUCAAUACCGUUUACCUGCAUGUUCAAGAAAAGCCGGUUAUUUAGUGGAAACUUCAUGUACAGUAUUGGAUUUACUGGGUAUUAGUGUGACUUCAGCUUAUAAUGUCAUUGGUUAUGUUAGAGAAGCUUCUAAAAUUGGUCAAGAUUAUUAUCCAGAAAGAAUGGGUAAAUUUUAUUUGAUCAAUGCCCCAUUUGGGUUCUCUACUGCAUUUAAAUUAUUUAAACCAUUUUUGGAUCCCGUGACUGUUUCGAAAAUUCAUAUUUUGGGUUAUAGUUAUAAAAAAGAAUUAUUAAAACAAAUUCCACCUCAAAACUUGCCAGUUAAAUUCGGUGGUAUGUCGGAUGUUUCUGAUGAUGAUUUAUUAUUAAAAGAUGUUGGUCCUUGGAGAGAUCCAGAAUUCAUUGGUCCAGAAGGAGAAUGUCCUAGAUCUUAUAACAUUUAA